CUCUCGUCGCCGCCGUCGCAACCGCCGUCGACGACCAAGCCGAUCCCUUGAUCCGUCAAGUAACCGAUGGAGACCAUCACAUGCUCAACGCCGAGCACCACUUCACAACCUUCAAGACUAAGUUCGGAAAGUCUUAUGCCACUCAAGAAGAGCACGAUUACCGCUUUGGCGUCUUCCGGGCGAACCUGAGGAGGGCGAAGCUGCACGCGAAGCUGGAUCCGUCGGCGGAGCACGGUGUCACGAAAUUCUCCGAUCUGACGCCAGAGGAGUUCAAGAGGCAGUACCUUGGGUUGAAGCCGCUGCGGCUUCCGUCGACCGCUAACAAGGCUCCAAUCCUGCCGACGAGCGAUCUUCCAGAGAAUUUCGAUUGGCGUGACAAGGGAGCUGUUACUCCAGUCAAGAACCAGGGCUCUUGUGGUUCAUGUUGGGCGUUUAGCACGACUGGGGCUUUGGAAGGCGCUCAUUAUCUGUCCACCGGAGAGCUUGUCAGCCUUAGUGAGCAACAGCUUGUAGACUGUGACCAUGUGUGUGAUCCAGAAGAAUAUGGAGCAUGUGACGCAGGCUGCAAUGGUGGGUUGAUGAACAAUGCUUUCGACUACAUACUCCAGGCUGGAGGAGUACAGACAGAGAAGGACUAUCCUUACAGUGGAAGAGACGAGACCUGCAAAUUCGACAAGAGCAAGGUCGCAGCUACAGUUGCGAAUUUCAGUGUGGUUUCCCUUGAUGAAGACCAAAUUGCUGCAAAUCUAGUGAAGCAUGGCCCUCUUGCAGUUGGUAUCAAUGCAAUAUUCAUGCAGACAUACAUAGGGGGAGUCUCAUGCCCCUACAUCUGCGGCAAGAAUCUGGAUCAUGGCGUGCUCCUAGUGGGUUAUGGCGCGGCCGGAUAUGCUCCCAUUCGCUAAGGACAAGCCAUUCUGGAUCAUCAAGAAUUCAUGGAGAGAGCUGGGGAGAGGAUGGAUACUACAAGAUCUGCAGGGGUAAGAAUGUGUGUGGAGUGGAUUCCAUGGUCUCAAGUGUAGUAGCUACUACAUUUACAUCUAGCAACAAUUAAAUUAAAAUGCAACAAGGACUUUGUCAUUCUGGAGUUUUUAUGUAAAUAAUAACAUGUAUGCUGUGAAAUGUUCUGCUAGAAGCUAAGUAAGUAUCUCUGUUUAGGAUCUCAGGAAAAAAAACUUAAAUCUUCAAAGUUUGGUUAUGUAUUAUCUAAUAUAUGUAUGCCUUAUAAGUCCAGUGCCAAGAUAUUUGUGGCAACUUGGCCAGUAAUUAAAUGAACUGGAAAACUUUGGUAUGA